AUGGAUAGACCUCCUCCAAAUGACAUAGCAGCAAACCUCAAAGACCUGCCAAGAAACAACACUACAGAGAAUCCAUCCACACCGGCCCUUUCCUCUACUGUCUCUGUUAUGGAUGGGGAUCUCUCCCGCCCCUCACUGCAUCUACUCUCAUCUCACAGCAAGCUCCAGAAACAGCCCGUGAGGUGUCUAAUCUCAUCAAACCGAUCUUUGAUUCCCAAUUCUAGGACCUUAAAGAAUCUAUUGAUAAUGCAGUCCAUUUACUCCAAUCCCAUUCUACUCAAAUAACUCUACUAGAAACCAGACAAAGCACAACUGAAAACAGACUUCACCAACUACAAUCAACAAUAAGAAGACAAAACGAUACCUUAACACCCCUACAGGAUAUAUUAGAUGAUCUUAACUGGAGUAGGAGAAACAAUCUAAGAUUUGUGGGCUUCCCUGAAUCUUUGAGCUCUUCUGACAUUAUCUCCACUCUUCAAAGCUUGCUACAAGAUACUCUAAAGCUGGGCACCUCUGCCUCCACUCCCAUUGUUAUAGAACGGGCACACAGAUUAGGCCCUGAACGGCCCGGUGACACCACCAAGUCACGACCAAUAAUAGCAAAAUUUCUAAAUUUCAAUGACGCUGUUCAGCAUCAAAAGAAAGAAAAUUUUGACCUAUUUAACCAAACAACAACCGCACAUUACCCUACUACAGGAGAUUCACUGGUCACAGUCGGCUUAUACGCAGCUCAAAGCUCCCUGGAUCCAAUCCUGUAUAGCAGCUAA